UAGUACUAAAAGCGGCGUAAAACCUUCACUCACUUACUCAGCCACUCUCUCACUCACUCACUCACUCACUUUACAUACCAUUACAUAUUAUGUGACCUGGUUACUGCAGUAAUUUGGGUACACCGGAGAAUGAUCAGUGUGUGUAAGACAAGUGUGCUUGUCGCGUCUAACGUUUCACUUAUCACCAUGUCAUGCACUGAUAUGCCUCAAACAAGUUAUAAUUGCAUGUCAGUGUAUGUUGACACUGCUGAGAAGCUAUUCCCCCUUUCUGUGGGGGUCGGCCGUUUGGAUUUUAAAGAAUGGAAUUUGUCAUCCCCGUUUGGCUAUUGUUCCUGCUGGCGCCCUUGUUACUGGGCAGAGGAACAGGUCAUCCUGUGAACAGCUGUCGGGACCAAUACCCAGAAUGUCCGCACUACGUGACAAGGACACUGUGUGAUCAGCCAGGCAUUAUCCCUGCGUGUAGACGUGCGUGCUCAGCCUGUGUGGAGCCUGUGGAUCCCUGCGAGGACCCCGCGAGAUGGGGGUGGCACUGUCGUGACCUGUGUAACGCUGCCUGCAGUGGACGACGAUGUGACAGACUGACGGGACAAUGUCUCGGUGACUGCAUCAACGGCAACUACGAUGCGGCCUGUGAACUACGUUGUGAGAACUGUGAUGGAGGAGGGUGCUUCAAGAAUGGAACGUGUCGCACAGGAUGCAGGCAGAGAUGGAGGGGACCACAAUGUGAUCAGACUGAUUAAACGUGAUGGAGGACGGCGCGAUAGAGUCGGAACGUAUCUUACGGGAUGCAAGUCUCGGCGGCGGAGUACGCGCUGGGGAUGGUUGAAUAUAUACCUAGCGAUAGGAUACAUGCAAAUGGAUCAUUCUUCCAUUCUGGUAUACCCUCCCAUGAUCGUUCAUAUUGUGUGUAAACGAUUUAUUCAUGAAUUAAAUGUUGAUCAUGUUGCAAUAGCAUGGAAAAAAGUGUUUCU